UCCAAACUCCAAAGUUUUGAAAAAGCUCCUCGCCAGUCGCUAUUACACAUAAUAUUAAAAUUUAAAAGGAAAGUCAGCACACUUUCUCUCCUAACACUUCACAUUCUUCCUUUCUUCUUCUUUUCUUCUUUCUUAUUCUCCGUUGUUGCCUCGUGAUCUCCGUUCCAUGGCGACUCUGUCGCAGGCGAUCGCUCCCAAACUCUCCUUCCCUCGCGUCUCCGACGGCGGUCGCCUCCCCAGACCUCGCGCCUUGCCGACCAUAACCGCCGCGAAGAGCCGCCGCGUCUUCGCCGGGAUCAAGAGCCACGACCCGCCCAUUGAUUUCGGCGAUCCCGAUUGGAAAUCCAAAUUCCAGUCCGACUUUGAGAGGCGCUUCAACAUCCCUCACAUCACCGACGUUUUCCCUGACGCCGUUUCCAUCCCUUCGACUUUCUGCCUCAAGAUGAGGACACCGAUAACUGAAGAGUUUGUUGGAGGAUAUCCAUCGGACGAGGAGUGGCAUGGCUAUAUUAACAACAAUGAUCGCGUGCUUCUCAAGACCAUACACUUCUCGUCCCCUACGUCAGCUGGUGCUGAAUGUAUUGAUCCUAAUUGUACUUGGGUGGAACAGUGGGUUCACCGUGCUGGGCCGCGAGAAAAAAUAUAUUUCAAACCAGAAGAAGUAAAGGCAGCGAUUGUAACAUGUGGGGGCCUCUGUCCUGGUCUUAAUGAUGUCAUCAGACAUAUUGUCAUCACGCUUGAAAUAUAUGGUGUGAAAAAGAUAGUGGGGAUUCCUUAUGGUUAUCGUGGAUUUUCUGAGCAAGACUUAGCUGAAAUGCGACUAACACGGAAAGUAGUUCAAAACGUUCAUCUUUCUGGUGGAAGCUUGUUAGGAGUUUCUCGUGGAGGACCUGAAACAACUGCAAUUGUGGACAGUAUGGAGGAAAGAGGAAUCAACAUGCUUUUUGUGUUGGGUGGGAACGGCACUCAUGCUGGAGCAAAUGCAAUACACAAUGAGUGUCGUAGAAGACGCCUAAAGGUGGCUGUAGUUGGAGUCCCAAAAACCAUCGAUAAUGAUAUUUUGCUGAUGGACAAGACUUUUGGUUUUGAUACUGCUGUUGAAGAAGCACAACGUGCCAUAAAUUCAGCAUAUAUUGAGGCACAUAGCGCUUAUCAUGGUAUUGGAAUUGUUAAAUUGAUGGGUCGUAGUAGUGGAUUCAUAGCAAUGCAUGCAUCCCUGGCUAGUGGACAAAUAGACAUAUGUUUGAUACCAGAGGUACCGUUCCAUUUACAUGGUCCCCACGGAGUUUUGCAGCAUCUGAAAUACCUUAUUGAGACAAAGGGGUCUGCAGUGGUCUGUAUAGCAGAGGGUGCAGGGCAGAAUUUUCUUAAGAAAACCAAUGCUACUGAUGCGUCUGGAAAUAUUGUUCUUGGAGAUAUUGGUGUGUAUCUUCAGCAAGAGACAAAGAAGUACUUUAGGGAAAUUGGCAUUCCAGCUGAUGUGAAGUUUAUUGAUCCGACGUACAUGAUCCGUGCAUGCCGUGCAAAUGCAUCAGAUGGGAUUUUAUGCACUGUUUUAGGACAAAAUGCCGUUCAUGGCGCUUUCGCCGGAUAUAGUGGCACCACUGUGGGGAUAUGCAAUACCCACUAUGUCUACCUUCCCAUUCCCGAAGUCAUUUCUUAUCCGAGGCUGGUAGAUCGUAACAGUCGAAUGUGGCAUCGUUGUUUGACCUCUACAGGCCAGCCUGACUUUGAAUAGCCAUUUUUUUUGUGGUAUGAGAAAUAAUAUAUAGGCCAAUUUUUGUGGUGUAGACGAGGAAAAAUAAGCUCUCCAAUACGAGUAGUUUAUAGGAGAUAGCAACCGGGGAAGAAAUAUUAUUAGAGGGCUCUGCAUUUAAUAAUUUAUCAAAUGUAUAGCAUUACUCAAAUUCCAUAAAUUAUUUUGACGCUUCACAUAAAAGUCCAGAGAA